AUGGUAGUUUUCUGUGACCAGAAUUGUUAUGGACUAACGAGCACAAUGGAAGUUUUCUGUGACCAGAAUUGGUUUAGACUAGCGAGCACAAUGGGAGUUUUCUGUGACCAGAAUUGUUAUGGACUAACGAGCACAAUGGAAGUUUUCUGUGACCAGAAUUGGUUUAGACUAGCGAGCACAAUGGGAGUUUUCUGUGACCAAAAUUGUUUUAGACUAACGAGCACAAUGGUAGUUUUCUCUGACCAGAAUUGGUUUAGACUAGCGAGCGCAUUGGUAGUUUUCUGUGACCAGAAUUGUUUUAGAGUAGCGAGUACAAUCGAAGUUUUCUGUUAUCAGACAUGUUUUAAACAAGCUAACACAAUGGUAGUUUUCUGUGACCAGAAUUGGUUUAGACUAGCGAGCACAAUGGUAGUUUUCUGUGACCAGAAUUGGUUUAGACUAGCGAGUACAAUGGAAGUUUUCUGUGACCAGAAUUGUUAUAAACUAGCGAGCACAAUGGUAGGUUUCUGUGACCAGAAUUGUUAUAAACUAGCAAGCACAAUGGUAGUUUUCUGUGAACAGAAUUGGUUUAAACUAGCGAGAACAAUGGUAGUUUUCUGUGACCAGAAUUGUUAUAUACUAGCGAGCACAAUGCAUCACAAAGUUCCUUCUAAAAAAAUUGUUGGGGUAGCUUCUUUAACAUGUAGAAAAAAUGGUCUGAAACCCGUUAAAGAUGUUGCUGUAACCUUACCAAGAACUCAGCAAGUUACAUCAAAUACAGUAAAAGCUAUACCAUGUUUCAUGAGAAACGAGCCGAUAGGGCUAUUGAGAACGGGUUAA